CAGCUUCCUCCAAGAAGCCGUCAGUUUCUGCAGCAAUACUACUGUAGUCAUGUCUGGUCGUGGCAAAGGCGGGAAAGGCCUGGGGAAAGGCGGCGCCAAGCGCCACCGCAAAGUCCUGCGCGACAACAUCCAGGGCAUUACCAAGCCCGCCAUCCGCCGCCUGGCCCGGCGCGGCGGAGUGAAGCGCAUCUCCGGCCUCAUCUACGAGGAGACCCGCGGUGUGCUGAAGGUGUUCCUGGAGAACGUGAUCCGCGACGCCGUCACCUACACGGAGCACGCCAAGCGCAAGACCGUCACCGCCAUGGACGUGGUCUACGCGCUCAAGCGCCAGGGCCGCACCCUCUACGGUUUCGGCGGCUAAGCUGUUCCUGGCCUCGCAUUGCUGUUUAAAGGCCCUUUUUAGGGCCCCCA